AUGCAGCCACAAAAUAAUGUAAAUCUGGGGAGAUCGGAUAACCCCACCGCGUCGGGAUCGCAUAACUCUCGCGUGCAGGAUUUGGUACCUGGGUCCUGUUCGACAAGUAUGCCACAGAACAACAGAAAUAGAACACCUUUGCAGUCCGGUGAACAGCAUAUACAUUCUGAUAUAGCUCUCAUCGUGGCUGGCAGACCACGACAGCGCAGAAAAUGGACUAAUACUAUAAAUGAAGAUUUAUUACGCGCCUACUAUAUAGCUACAAACAAUGAAAGAGAUAUGACACGACUAGCGGAUCAAGUACGGGUUAUUCAUAGAAACAAUCUUAUACCAGAAUCAAGACGAAACGCUAUCAAAGAAUCGGUUGCAGAAGUAAGUAAUGAUCAAUCGACAGAAAUUGAAGAAAAUGAGCAAGUGCAAUCUGAAUCAACUAACACUUCUACAAACAUACAUGUACCUGGAACACGUAAUAAUGUAAAUACGAUAGAAGUGGAAAAUGAACAACCACCUCCUGCUUUAAAUGUAAAUUUAAUUGAUGUCGAUGAAACCACGGAUCAGCAGGAAGAUGUAAGUAAUGAACAAAUUAGAAUUAGAAUUAAUCAGCAUAGCUUAAAUGAGAUUUUUGAACAACAAUUUGACAUUUACAGCAACCUUAACCCUCUUUUAAGGCCACGUAUUCCGAAGAUUAAUACUAGUAAGAAGCUAAGUUUUCUUAUUGAAACACUUAACAAUGAUGCGAUCCUGAUAAAAUUGAACAAUGUGAGCAAUUUGCAAGAAUUACAUACUAUUGUAUAUGUAUCAGCUAUAACAAUUGCUACUACAAUGGGAUGCAAGAUAGAACAACUCAGAGAUGGACCACGAAGAGCUGCAAUUUAUGGAAAUAAGAGUAAUACGCUACGAAGAAUACAAAUUAAAAUUGAUCAUUUAAGAGGAGACUUAGAAAGAAUAAAUAAGUACAUUGAAGGUAAUCCUACAAGAAGACUUAAAAACAGGAUCAAUAAGAUAUUAAAAACAUACAAUCUUUACUCACGCUACGAAACAAAUCACACUAAUAUUAUUAACACAAGAGACACUAUAAAACAGAAACUAUGUGUACAAGUAGCGAGACAGCGUAAAUACAAGUUAUCGAAUCAAAGACGAGAAAACAAUAGACUCUUUAACAGCAACGAAAAGCAAUUCUAUAGAAAAAUACGAUCCAAUGCCAAUACGUCAGACGACGUAUAUCCAAGUAAGAAUAGUGCAGAAAAUUACUGGAGUUCACUGUGGUCCAAUACACAAAAACAUAAUGUAUCCGCUCAUUGGAUUGAAAAAGAGAAAGAGAAAUAUCAAGAAAAAAAAAUGUCAACUUGUCUAAUUACACGUGAUCAGGUCAAACGAAUUAUAGCAAAAACACACAACUGGAAAUCUCCUGGACCAGAUCACAUACAAAACUUUUGGUUUAAAAGAUUUACUGCAGUCCAGCAAAAAUUAACUGAACUUUUAAAUGAAUGUCUACAAAACCCCGCAACAUUUCCAAUCAUUUUUACGAAAGGAAAAACAUAUCUAAUGGCGAAGAAUAAUGGAUUUAAAGGAAACCCAGCAAAUGGCCGUCCAAUUACUUGUCUCCCAACAAUAUAUAAGAUACUGACUGCUUGUAUUAGCAAUCUUAUAAAUACAUACCUUACACAAAACGAUAUAAUGUGCGUAGAACAGAAGGGAUGCAAAAAACACGCAAAAGGAUUUAUAAAUAACAUUUACAGUAAACGUAUUAUGCCAUAA